CUCUUUUUUCUCUGGGUCUGGGUCUGGGUCUGGGUCGGUUUCCCUUCUGAGACAAACCCAACUGCAAAAAUAUCCAUCUCAUAAAAACACAAAACGGGGACCCACCAUACAACAACAGAAAAAAGGAAAGAAAAAAAAAGAAAGAGAGAGAGCAUUUUUAACACCUGAGGAAGGCUAGAGAGAUACUCAGAGAAGUGCCGGAAAAUCUUCUCUCUGUUUCUUAUCAGUUGGGACUAUCCGAUCAGUUACUGCAAACUUUUGUGUUUGUGAAUCCCUUUGGUCUUUGUUUGGGUUCGAUCAGCCUAUUUCGGCACCCUGUCGGAGAAUAGGAGGCUCGAGGGUUCGGUGGUUUCGCAGAAUAUGAGUUCUCAGGUCCCAAAUGAGCGAAGGGAUAGGUCCAGGUUUCCUGCUCAGCCUCCUCAGCCCGCUCAGUCUGCUCGUCGAGAGUGGGUCCCAAGAGGAUCCAACCCUACCACUGCUGCCGUGAACCCACCUCCAAGCUUCAAUUCAAACAUCCCGAAUGGGAAUGUAGGACAGCCCAAUUAUAGCUCUGCUCCAUCAGAGAGUCGGCAGCAGCACAGAGGAAAUAAUGCUUCUAGAGGUCAUAUGGGUCGGCCAAUGAACCAUGGAAGGGAGAGGGGAAGGAGCGAGAAUCAGGAGGAGGUUAGAUUGAAGGACUCUAAUUUACCUCAGCUUGUGCAAGAAAUUCAGGAUAAAUUGACAAAGGGCACUGUUGAAUGCAUGAUAUGUUAUGAUAUGGUGAGGAGGUCUGCACCUGUUUGGUCUUGCUCAAGCUGUUACUCAAUUUUCCAUCUGAAUUGCAUCAAGAAAUGGGCUCGAGCUCCCACUUCUAUCGACAUGUCUGCAGGGAAGAAUCAGGGAUUUAAUUGGCGGUGUCCUGGAUGUCAGUACGUACAGCUUACAUCCUCGAAGGAGAUUCGUUAUGUUUGUUUUUGUGGUAAGAGGACAGACCCGCCUUCAGAUUUGUAUUUGACACCACAUUCAUGUGGUGAGCCUUGCGGGAAGCAACUUGAGAGGGAUGUCCCAGGCAGGGGUGUGAGUGAGGAUGAUCUUUGCCCUCAUGUUUGUGUCUUGCAGUGUCACCCGGGUCCAUGCCCUCCUUGUAAAGCAUUUGCCCCGCCACGUUUAUGCCCUUGUGGAAAGAAAGUAAUUACCACAAGAUGCUCAGACCGGACGUCUGUUCUAACUUGUGGCCAGCAUUGUAAUAAGCUUCUUGAUUGUUUGCGUCACCAUUGUGAGAGAACUUGCCAUGUGGGUCCUUGUGAUCCUUGCCAAGUUCUGGUUGAUGCUUCUUGCUUUUGCAAGAAAAAGGUGGAGGUUGUUCUUUGUGGAGACAUGACUGUGAAGGGGGAGGUGAAAGCAGAAGACGGUGUUUUUUCUUGCAGUUCCACUUGUGGAAAAAAGCUUACCUGUGGUAAUCAUGCCUGCGGUGAAGUUUGCCAUCCAGGCCCCUGUGGAGAGUGCAAUUUAAUGCCAACGAAGAUUAAGACAUGCCACUGUGGGAAAACAAGCUUGCAAGGGGAACGACAGAGUUGUUUGGAUCCAGUUCCAACUUGUUCACAAACAUGUGGCAAGUCCCUCCCUUGUGAGAUGCACCAGUGUCAAGAGGUAUGCCAUACUGGGGAUUGCCCACCUUGUUUGGUUAAAGUGAGCCAGAAAUGCCGUUGUGGAUCAACUUCUCGGACUGUGGAAUGCUUUAAGACCACAAUGGAGAUUGACAAGUUUACUUGUGAUAAGCCUUGUGGGCGGAAGAAGAAUUGUGGAAGGCACCGUUGCAGUGAGAGGUGCUGUCCUCUUUCUAAUUCGAAUAAUGUUCUCUCAGGGGAUUGGGAUCCUCACUUUUGCUCUAUGCCUUGUGGGAAGAAGUUAAGGUGUGGGCAGCAUUCUUGUGAAUCACUUUGCCACAGUGGCCACUGCCCUCCCUGCCUUGAUACAAUCUUCGCUGACUUAACCUGUGCAUGUGGGAGGACUUCAAUCCCUCCUCCAUUGCCAUGUGGUACACCUCCCCCAUCAUGUCAGCUCCCAUGUUCAGUCCCUCAGCCUUGUGGGCAUUCAUCUUCUCACAGCUGCCACUUUGGAGAAUGUCCACCUUGUUCAGUGCCUGUGGCAAAGGAGUGCAUCGGUGGGCAUGUCGUCCUCAGGAACAUUCCUUGUGGGUCGAGGGACAUCAAAUGUAACAAGCUCUGUGGGAAGACAAGGCAGUGUGGUAUGCAUGCUUGUGGCAGGACUUGUCACCCACCGCCUUGUGAUACUUCCUCUUCAGUGGAACCAGGUACAAAAACUUCUUGUGGACAGACAUGUGGUGCUCCUAGGAGAGAUUGCAGGCAUACAUGUACUGCACUAUGUCACCCGUAUGCUCCUUGUCCUGAUAACAGAUGUGAUUUCCCCGUCACAAUCACUUGUUCUUGUGGCCGGAUAACAGCAAAUGUUCCUUGUGACUCUGGUGGCAGCAAUGCUAGUUUCAAGGCUGAUACUGUGUAUGAAGCUUCUAUUAUCCAAAGGUUGCCAGCACCACUUCAACCAAUUGAAUCAACGACCAAGAAGAUCCCACUUGGACAGAGGAAAUUUAUGUGUGAUGAUGAAUGUGCUAAGUUGGAGCGGAAACGGGUUCUUGCAGAUGCUUUUGAUAUAGCUUCUCCAAACUUGGAUGCACUCCAUUUUGGUGAGAAUUCUGCUGUUUCUGAGUUGCUUUCAGACCUUUUUAGACGUGAUGCCAAGUGGGUAUUAUCUGUGGAGGAGAGAUGCAAGUACUUGGUGCUUGGCAAGAGCAGAGGUCCUACAAGUGGCCUCAGAGUUCAUGUUUUCUGUCCAAUGCUGAAGGAGAAGAGAGAUGUUGUUAGGAUGAUUGCUGAAAGAUGGAAGCUUGCAGUUCAAUCCGCUGGUUGGGAGCCCAAGCGAUUUAUUGUGGUUCAUGUUACGCCUAAAUCCAAAACCCCAGCUCGGGUGAUUGGGGUUAAGGGUACGACGACAGUGAAUGCACCCCAGCCUCCUGCUUUUGAUCAUUUAGUAGACAUGGAUCCCAGGCUUGUAGUUUCUUUCCCUGAUCUGCCGAGAGAUGCAGAUAUUAGUGCACUGGUCUUGAGGUUUGGUGGGGAAUGCGAGUUAGUCUGGUUGAAUGAUAAGAAUGCAUUAGCUGUAUUCAAUGAUCCUGCUCGAGCAGCAACCGCAAUGAGGAGGUUGGAUAAUGGUACACUAUAUCACGGGGCUAUUAACGUUCUCUCAAAUGGCAGUGCAUCUGUGGCAUCAUCGGGUUCUAAUGCUUGGGUUGGAUUGGGGACAGCUAAGGAAGGAGUGUCUACAGCGCUGAGGGGUAAUCCAUGGAAGAAGGCUGUCAUUAGGGAGCCUGGUUGGAGGGAAGAUUCAUGGGGUGAUGAAGAGUGGGCUGGUGGUUCCGCGGAUGUGCAGGCAUCUGUGUGGAAAAAAGAAGCUCCAAUCACUGCCUCACUAAAUCGAUGGAGUGUACUAGACAGUGAUGUAGCUUUGGGUUCAUCUUCUGUAUCUCCUAGCAUUGAGGACUCUGGAAAACAGUCUUUGGGUGGUUUAAAUCCGGCUUUGGAAUCAAAUGCAAGUGGUUCGACUUCAGGAGGGCAGCAGCAUGGAGGAAAUAUUGCAGAUACAUCUGAAGUGGUUGAUGACUGGGAGAAGGCUUAUGAAUAAAAGAUAGAAUGAAGCAAUUGAUCAAUAUUUUGAUAACUUUUAGUACCGGCGGAAGGGGGGUUGGUAGUAAAUCAAAUACCCUGGCUUUUUUAUUUUUUGUAUUUGGAUGAAUCGUUUUUUAGCCGAAACCCAAAGAGAUGUUCAGUUGGCUCCACAAUUUUAUCGUUGUCAUGAAAGUAUUCUUUUAUCCAUCUUAUUUGAAUGACUUUUUGGUUCAAAUAGAAUCCUUUUUGGAUUUUAGUUGGGCUGCCGUCAAAA